CGGAGCUUCCGCCGCCCCCGGCGCUUCCUGCCCCGGGACGGAGCUGGGACGGCAGCACCGCAGGGAUGAGCCCCAGAAACUGCCUGAGCUUGGCCAAGGGCUUCCUCUUCCUCUUCAACCUCCUCUUCUUUACCCUGGGCAGCCUCCUCCUCGCCUUCGGCCUCUGGGUCCUCUUCGACCGGCACAGCUUCGCCGCCGUGCUGGGCUCACCUCUGUACAGCCUACGGGUCUGGUCCUACAUCUUCUCCGUGGUUGGUGUCGUCUCCAUGCUGCUGGGCUUCCUGGGGGGGCUGGGGGCCUGCAAGGAGAUCAGGGCCAUGCUGCUGAUGUACUUCGGGAUCCUGCUGCUGCUCUUCGCUGCCCAGAUCACAGUGGGGGUCAUCAUCUACACGCAGCGUGUCAGUCUGGCCACCAAGGUGGCCACCUACGCACAGGAACUGAUCCGGGGGUACCCGGCCCAGGGGCCGCCUGGGGACCCCCAUGAGAGCUGGGAUGCCAUCCAGCAGCAGCUCAGUUGCUGUGGCUGGAAUGGAGCCCAGGACUGGGACCACCCUGAUGGACCCCCCGGGGACGGGGCUGUCGCCUGCUCCUGCCUCCAGGAACCAGCACCCAACAGCACCCACGGGCCCUCCCCGGCCCUGCCCCACGGCCGCUGCCCCAUGGCUGACCCCCAGGACAUCUUCCCCAGGGGUUGCGCCGAGGGCGUCCAGGGCUGGCUGGCUGAAAACCUGGUCACCGUGGUGGGGGCUUGCCUGGGCAUCGGCCUGAUGGAGCUUUGCCUGCUGAUGCUGUCGAUGUUCCUGGUCAGGAACCUGGACCCCGACUACGAGAAAAUGCUGCGGGGGCUCUGAGGGCAGCCGGG